AUGAGCGAACUUAGUCGAGCGCAACGUCUUCGAGGAAGCUCCAUCGAUCGAUCAUUCCCGUCCACCGAUUCAACCGCAAAUGCCACACGAACGGUGCAUUUCGGCCCGGUCGAAUCACACGCGAUCACUCCGGACAUAGACUAUGUGUCGGACGGUUCGCAGUGGCCUUCGAGUAUGAGUUUGCACUGUAUUGGCUGGGCCAAAGUUGAACGAUCGUAUCAGGCUAAAAAUCCUGAUGAGCUUACUCUUCUCGAAGGUGAAAUCGUGAGUAUUUACAAAAAAGAUAGUAGUGAUUGGUGGUACGGAGAAGCCAGUGGAGCUAAAGGUCGCUUCCCAGUCAGUCAUGUGGAUGAAUUCUGA